AUGGACACGACGGGCUUCAGCGAGACGCAGCUCACCGUCCGGGAAGCAGUCGGCCAAGUCUGCUCCCGCUUCCCCAACACAUACUGGCGAGACGUCGAUGAAAAGGAACAAGACCCCAAGGACUUCCACGCCGCUCUCGCCCGCGACGGCUGGCUGGGCAUUGCCCUCCCGGAGACGCUCGGCGGAUCCGGCCUGGGCAUCUCGGAAGCCACCGUGAUGAUGCAGACGAUUGCCGAAUCCGGAGCCGGCAUGGCGGGUGCGCAGGCCGUCCACGCCAACGUCUAUGCGACGCAGCCGCUGGCCAGGUUCGGGUCGGACGAGCAGCUGCUUGAGACGGUUCCGGGCAUCAUCUCGGGGCGGUGGCGGACGUGCUUUGGCGUGACGGAGCCCAACGCCGGGCUGGACACGCUGCGGCUGUCGACGACGGCCAGGCGGGAGGGCGAUGAGUAUGUCGUCUCGGGGCAGAAGAUGUGGACGACGUGCGGGCAAGUCGCCUCCAAGAUGAUUCUCCUGGCGCGAACUACGGCGUAUGAAGAGGCUCCCAGGCCGAGCCAAGCGCUUUCGCUGUUCUGCAUCGACCUGGACAAAAGGCAGCCGGGGCUCUCGAUGCGCAAGAUCAAGAAGAUGGGCGGCCGGGCCGUCGAUGCCAACGAGGUCUUCUUCGACGGGUACCGGAUUCCCGCCAACACGCUCGUCGGGGAAGAGGGCCAGGGCUUCAAGAUUGUGCUCCACGGCAUGAACGCCGAACGAUGCCUCCUCGCCGGCGAAGCGCUCGGCCUGGGCUACGCGGCGCUGACCCGAGCCGCGACGUAUGCCCGCGAGCGAGUCGUCUUCCAGCGGCCCAUCGGCACGAACCAGGGCGUCGCGCAUCCCCUGGCGGACUCGUACAUGCACCUCGAGGCCGCCAAGCUGGCGACGUACCACGCGGCGAGGCUGUACGACGCGAGCGAGGCGGACGCUUCCAUCACGCAGGAGGUCGUGGGAGUGGCGGCGAACAGCGCAAAGUAUCUCGCCGCGGAGGCUGCGUUUACGGCUUGCGAGAGAGCGGUGCUGGCGCAUGGGGGGAUGGGAUAUGCGGCCGAGUAUGAUGUGGAGAGGUGGUUUAGGGAGUGUCUGGUGCCGCGACUUGCGCCGGUGAGUCGGGAGAUGAUUUUGAACUAUGUUGGGGAGAAGGCACUGGGACUACCAAAGAGCUACUGA